AUGGGUAAAAUUAAACAAUCAAAAUCUAUUAAGCAGCAACAGCAACAGCAGCUACAACAACAGCCACUCCACAAGCAAUUACAACAAGAUGAUGAUAUUCUUAAAUUUGGUAAAUUAUCAAAUAAACAUUCAAAUAAUAAAGUAGACGAUAAUGAUUUUGAAUCACAAGAAUCCUCAGUAAUCGACCCAAAAACUUCAUCUAAAAUUCUAUCCUUAGCUAGGCAACAACAGCAAGAUCUUGACAGGCAACAUCUCUUAAAUUCUUUAUCAGAUGAUGAUGAGCUUGAUGAGGAUAAUUUUAAGCUUAAAGGCGAUGAUGUUGAAAAAGAUGAGGUUGUGGAAGAGCCUACAAAUGAUACGGAUACUGUAGAUACCAACACAACCUUCAAACAACUCGAUAUAAAUCCAGAAGAUGAGCAAGCUAUGAAUACUUUCAUGCCUCAAAACACCUCAAAUCGUAGAACCCUCGCUGAUCUCAUUCUCGAUAAGAUAAAUGCUCAAUCCCAGCCAUCUCAACCUCCCCCAGAAAAUACUUUAUCCGACAAAGUAACUCAAGUUUACACUAAAGUUGGUCAACUUCUCUCACGCUACAAGUCUGGUCCACUCCCCAAAGCCUUCAAAAUUAUCCCUUCCCUCCCAAAUUGGAUCGCUAUCCUUCAAAUAACUGGCCCCGAAUCUUGGUCCCCACAUGCUACAUACGCUGCAACAAGAUUGUUCGCUAGUAACCUCAAAGCUAAUCAAUCUAGACUCUUCUAUCAACACGUCUUAUUAGAUAGAUGUAGAGACAACCUCAACGAUCCAAACACUAAAAAUAUGGAUGUACACCUCUACGACGCUCUCAGAAAGUCCCUCUACAAACCUGCUGCUUUCUUCAAAGGUAUUCUUUUCCCUCUGUUAGAAUCUCAAUGCACUCUCAAAGAAGCGGCCAUCUUCGCGAGUGUUCUUAGUAAAACUUCUAUCCCUGUUUUACAUUCAGCUGCUGCUUUACUGCACUUAGCUGAAAUGGAUUACACCGGUCCUACUUCUCUAUUCAUUAGAGUAUUGUUGGAUAAAAAAUAUGCCCUCCCUUACAAAGUUUUAGACGGUUUAGUCUAUCACUUCAUGCGCUUCGCUAAAUCUAAUGAAAAGAUGCCCGUUUUGUGGCAUCAGUCGUUGCUAGUUUUUACACAGCGUUACUCAAGUGAUCUAACACCAGAGCAGAAAGAUGCCCUGCUCGAUGUCGUCAAAAUUAACGUACAUCCACAAAUUUCACCUGAAAUCAGAAGAGAAAUACACAAAUCUACUGAAAGAGCUCCAGGUAUGAUGCAGGAUGAACCUAUGGCUAUGGCUAUUUAG